GACACGUGAUCGCACCCGGAAGUAAAUCAUCUCACGUUUCAAUAGCAUGCUACAGCGCAGUGUUUGUUUACGCCUUUAAUUCAUUACGCAUUUAAGUUGUUUUACAGAAGAGAAGAUGCAGAACUCCGACGUGGCGUCUCUGGGCUCGAGGUCCGGGCCAGUGUCAGACAGCAGAGGGAGUGAUGGAUCAUUAUUGGCAGUACUGAAGACCUUGCUGUUUUUCACCAUCCUGAUGGUCACUCUGCCCAUCGGACUCUACUUCGCUUCCAAAAAAUAUUUGUUUGAAGGAUCUCUGGGUUACUCCAGCAAUGACAGCUACUUCUACGGCGCCAUCUUGGCCGUGAUCGCCGUGCACGUGGUCCUGGCGCUGUUCGUUUACGUGGCCUGGAACGAGGGAUCGCGGCAGUCGAGGGAAGGAAAGCAGGACUGAAGGAGAGAAAGGAGGAUUAGGAGAGGUGGAGGGAUAACGAGAGAGAAACCAGACUUUUGAUUCUGUUUAAAAAAAAAAAAAAAAAAAAAUGAGUAGAGAGAGACAAGAGAUGUUCACACAGAAACCUGAGGGGGUCAAAGGUCAGGGUGAAGCCCAAGGAGCGUGUAGUGUUUUGUUGAUGGUUUAAAAGGUUCCUCCGGGGCAAGCGUUAGGGUUCUGUGUGAAACUGAACAAGAAAGCAACUCCUUCUCAUAAAGAAUUCAACCAUGAGCCGCUUUCACCGGCUAAGAGCCCGUAUUUAUCCGCAGAACCUUUCUUAUAGGUUCUAGAUGUUAGAUAGAGCUACAGUAAGAACCCAGACUGUCGUGCAUAGAACCCCAGAUCUUUCCUCAGAGGAACAAGGUAACUGUAACUGUGUAAGAGGAAACUCGUGGAGCGUGAACCAUGUCAUUCUGCUGUUUCACCACGUCUUCUGUUUUAUACACACAUCAAACUCUUUAACGUCACCCGGAUCGGGAAAGCGCUGGGUUGUGGUUUAGGGUGAAGCUGCUUUCUGUAACACACACACACACACACACACACGUUAUCUCCCGUAGUGCUUCUGAACAAACCCGAGCAUCAUCAUGUCAGAGUUCAUUAAAAUCUGCGCUUCAGGUGUCGAGUUUCGGGUUUUUUUUUUCCAGCGCUGUACUGUGAUUGUUUUUGUUUUUUAUGCUAUUAACUGAUGUGUAUAUGAUGCUUACUGAGACCAUGAAGGAACCUUUAGAAAAAUAAAUAAAUAAAUACAUUUCAUACAGAAAAAAAUACACACACACACACACACACAAUCCUGUCUGUUUCUUUCAGAAUUGUUUUGUUCUUCAAGAAUGAAUAAAUGAAAGAGACUGGUGUGUGUGUGUGUGUGUGUGUGUGUGUGUGUGUUCACAUUUCACCCUGUAGCGUAACUUCUAGGGAAAAAAUUACAUUAAAACUGACAGCCGUCACCUCACACACACACACACGUUUUUCACAAUAAUGUUUUUCCUUCUUUUGUGAAUGUUCUUUCAGGGCCUCUGUAGAUCUCAGAUAUUAUUUUUAAUGACUUUGUGUGUAAUUUAAUUAAAAUUAAAAGCUGUAUGUUGGUUUCAAAA